GAAUGUAUUCAACUGUACAUAUCAAAAGAUAGCUUGGGUAAAAAGAUGACCAUGCAUGCAAGGAUAGUACAGGUAUUAGAUCAUGGUGACCUACCAAAUUAGCACCACUUUUGACUUACUUUAAACAUCAGUAGUGGUGGGAUUUGAACCCACAAGUCUCCAUGAAAUAGAAAUAUUAGAUACAUGCAUUAUAGUUGACAUACUGGGUAGGGUGUUGGUAACAUGCAAUUAUGAGAUUAACAGGGGGUUGGAAAUAAUUUUAACCUCCCCCAUGCAGGCUAUACACACCAACAUUGAGCAUGCAAACAAUACAGAAAUGGAUGCAAUAUUGGGAGGGUUCGGGGAUAAACAAUGCAAAACUAAACCCUUUAACUGUAUUUGGUUGAGAUGACACUGCCUAGAAUAAGAUAUAGUUUAAGUAUAAACACUUUCCUUACGUAAAGUAUGUGCAACAGUGGGUCAAACCACGUGGAAUCGCGAUCGAAAACUUUGGUCGUUCUGCUACAUUAAAUGGGGAGCGACAUAUGCAAAAUUGCAUACCAAUACACAGAUCAGUCAUAUAUACACGGGAUGCGAUAAUAAAAUUUCGAUGUCGGUACAAGACAAUGUAAAUAUUGGAAGUCAAUUUUGACUACCUCCACGUGUUCAAAAUGUAAACAAUUUUCAGUCUGGUGAUUUCGAAGCUAUUUUCGUCUAAAUAAGUAAAAAGAAACGGGAAAUAAAAAGAAAAGAACUUAAGUCAACAAAACGAAAUAGUGAAAUAAGUUGUUCUAAAGUAAAAUGUGAGGGUUUAUGUAUUCUUUCUAGAGAUGAAAACUUACUUUGUCCGCCAUUUUAGAAUUGCGCAAUGUCAUACACCAAAUCAACCGGUGCCUGACCUCAAUGUAGAGAGUGCGCGAACGGAAUUGUGGAAAGGGGGACCAGACUAGCCUACAGCCAGGAUUUUGCUUUCAGCGCUGUGAGGUCACAUUCCUGUCUCUGCUCGUCUUGUGAAGGUUCCAAUUUUGAAAUGGCCGGUGAAAGAGUGAGGUAUUCGGAUGAAGAUUUAGAAUUAGAAGCGAAACUUCUAAAAGAUGCCGUGGAACGAGAACAUCACGUCCCUCAAAAUAUCGCCAUUAUUGGUCAGCAUGGGUGUGGCAAGUCGUCAUUCAUAAAUAAUGUCAUGACAAUCUUGCGUAGUGACGGUGAAUACCACGAGCGUGCGCUUGUUGGAAAUUUCGAACUGGAGGGACAGCAUGUCACUCGUCGAUUAACCAGAUAUACAAAAGAAAAAUAUUUGGACUCUAGCAUUGCGAUGAAAUAUAACUAUCCAGCCUUGUUGGAUAUGACAGGAUUUCAGAAUUCCAACGACGAGAAAAUAAAGGAAGUGUUGAAGUCCAUAUUUCAAGGCUGCAUUAAACAAGGAGCUAUAUUGAAUUUUGAAACAAGAAAUCAACAAUAUUUACCAGAAAAUUUCCAACAACUGUUGUCCGGAGAUGAAGAUAAUAUGAAAAUAGACAAGAUAAUAUUUGUCGCAUCUGCAACAUCGAGAGAAUUUCCAACAGAGCUUAUCAAAGCCGUCUUAUCACAAGCUUCAGGAGGAGAAAGGGAUAUGCCUGUAUUUGGAGUUCUGACGCAUGCCGAUAAGAUUGGAGAAAACGACGCAGAGUUUGCUGAAUUUGAGAAAAAGUUCAAAAGAUGUCUAGGAUUGUCUCACCUGCGAUAUCUGCUCUGUACCAAUUAUUGCGAAGAUGUUCCCAUGACAAAUAAGCAUGAUCCCGACAUUGAAGUUCCCAUGAUCAGGUUCAUGAGACAGGUGAUCGAUCCCGCUCGAGAAGUUUAUCAAGACAGGAUUUGCGAAACAACAGAGAGACUGAAGAACAUGAAGCUGAAGACAGUACUCAUUUACAUGCUACAGGGUUUGUUGAGUCUGAUAUGUCUCUGGUUGAUCAUGCUUCCACCCUAUGGAAUUCAGAGUUCAUGCGACAGCUACAAAAAUUCACAGAUUAACGGGUGCAAAUUAUCUAGCAUUGAUUUACUGUGUCAACUGAGCUCCGACGGAAGAAUCAUGGAAAAACCUUUCGUUGUUGUCCUUUUCUUAAUCUUUGUGUUUAUUCGCUUUGGUAUACGUUUAAUUGUUGAAUUUUACAUCACUACUUAUCCUGAACACGGUUUUCAUCUUAAUCAAAGUGUUCAAAAAAUCUACAGAAAUUUUUUUGAAUUUAUAAUUUCAACUUUUACGCACACAUAUCAACAUUUUACAGAAAUAGAGAAGAUGAUCGGACACAGUUUCAUCCUCGCAAUUGUGACUGUUCCAUUCGCUGAGUAUAUGUUGAGAGAGCACAACAACGCAUGUGAUGAAACAAAAACCAUUUACACCAGCAAUUAUAAUUGUUCCUGCGAUAGAAUACCUACAUCUCUACUAAAUAAUCUUGCAAAGACAAACUUUGCAUGUCAAACACUCACAGGCAUGAAUGACAAAGUCGGUCAAUUAAAUGCACAACUCACCGACCUAUCACACAACGUAUCCCACAUAGUUUCAGAGCACGAAAAGGAGAGAAAGAAAAGAGAGCACGCAGACAAAGUUAUAAACGAGUUGAUGAGUUUAACACAACAGUUUCACAAUGAAACCAGUGGUCAUGUGAAAAAUCUUGGAAAGGAAAUAAAAGAGAACUUAAAUACCACACAACAGCACUUUUCAUUUGUGGUGGAAAAGGUGCGGACCGAAAUGAUGAUUGAAACUGACACCACGAAGAGGAUCGUCAAGGAUGUUUCAACAGAUUUCCGGAUUCUUGCUGGCUCUGUGGUGAUGGUACUGAUGGCGUGUGUAGGGUUUUGUUUUUGCUUUUGCAAAGAGAAGCCGAAGAGUAUGCUACGAGCGCCUGUGGAUGAAAGUGAGCAUAACCGUCCAAAGUUAGAAAACACUGUUGCCGUUGUCAGUUUUGCACAAACCAAUGCAGACCUCCAUCUAACGGUAGCCAAAACUGUAACGGAGGAGUUUAAGUUUGAUCGCGUCAUUCUUGGUGGAGUACAAAAUAUAUCAAGCGUUAAACUAACUUCAAAGGUUGCCUUUGUCUUCGUCGAUAAAAAUGAAAGGAAUAUCAUUCUGGAAACAGAAGACGACAUCACACGGACUAGAUCCGAAUUUGUUCAAAACAUCAUCAAGGGAGGUAACACACAAGUAAUCGUCAUUUACUGUCAGGACGAAGCUUCUCAAGACCAAAGAAGACUGUGUAACGGUGACCUUGGCAACGUAAAAAACCACAAAACGCUCAGGCACCUAAAGCGACAGAACUGUGUACUCAGCAUCAAUACAAACUUUUCUGCAUAUCAAAGGGACUAUCUAAAAAUGUUUCUCAACGAAAACUUGAGCGAAUAACUACCACUCUAUAGUACUGUGAUGUCUACCCUUUCCCUUAUAAUACGAAUUUGAUUCAGUUGAAUAAAUAUAUGAUAAUGUUACAAUCAUUAUGUCAUUCAAAGAAAAUAGGUAUAGAUUGAGAUAUAGGGAUGUUGCUAAAACGCGGAACAUUAAACGGAGCGGAUAUUGUAUGUAUUAAAAAGACUUGAAUUAUUAUGAUUUAACCCCUUUCAUAGAAGUGAGAAUUACGGGUCUCUCGGCAGGCGUUGGCAGGUCAAAGAACCCUCAAAUGUUACGGCCUUGAGAGCUAAGCACAUGUUUAAAGUGUUAUUUCACUUAGUUUGUGACGUUUCAGUUUGAGUGAAAAUUUCUCGAGGGGACAUAGAAGAAACAAAUAAACAAUCGUAACUACAUAAUUGUUUUUAAUUGAUGUAUGCUGACUCACCGGUCGUAGGGUGACUACCCACUAAUCCGAAGCAGAGAUGGAUCAAGCCAUUUGGAAAAAAGAGGGAGAGUUCAGAAAUGAACUAGAUCAUAUCCAAUGAAUCGAUAAAAAUAAAUACGUGUAUCAUUCAAUG